AUGAAAUACCUCAUUGUUCUCGCCACACUUUUCGCUGCUGUCCUCGGCGCCGCAACGCCCGACGGGACAGGCUGUCUCGAGUCAGGUCUGAACUGCGUCAUCGAUCCACCUGAGCCGGGUGAAAUUAUGCCCGCCGUCGAAUUCUGUUCGGAUUGCUGCUCCGGGUCAUUCUCACCAUCGAUCAUUGGAAACACUGGAGCAUGCUUGGAUUCAACGGACGCCGAACUCGACACGGCAGAGGCGGCAUUCAUGGCGACUGACGAUGCCGACGAAGCAGUCGACACGGCGUUCUUAGCCACGGAGCUUGCACCAGAGGCAGACGAUACAGCGUUCUGUACAAUGGAAGACGAAGUGGGAUCAACGGCGCGCUUUGUAACGGUGCUGGUAACGCUCGAUACAGCGUCGCUGACUGGCGAGGAUGCAGCAGCAGCAACUAUGGAAGAGGAAGAGGAAGCAACGUUCUCUGCGGCAGAAGCAGUCGAGGCAGCAGCUGUCUCAAUUGAGGAAGCGACGGCGGUAGCGAUCGAGGUAGUGGCGGCGCGCUUUGACAAUUCGGACGUGAAUACAGCUGCCUCGGGAAUAGUGGACGAAGAGAUCGGAGAGGCAGCAGCCUGUGCAACAGAAGAGGCAGAGCUGGACGCGACAUUCUGUACAGGGGACGAGACGCUGGAUGCAGCGUUCUGUGGAAGCGAUGAAGUCGUGGACGCGACAUUUUCCACGACGGAUGAGACAGUAGAGGACUCGACAGCACCAAUGGUGGAGCUGGCGUCAGCUCUCUUCGUGACCGGCACAGACGAAACGUCGUUGGCAGCAGCAGAUCCGGAUGAGACAGCGUUGUUAGCUACGCUGGUCGAGGAAGAUGCAACAGCUGUCGCAAUAGAAGCGGACGAGGCAACUGCAUUUACUACGCUGGAAGUCGAGACAGGAGCCUAUCAAGAGAAAAACUUUAGCAAAUAG